AAGGAACAUUAUUCUAUUGAGAAGAGAAAAUAUAUAUUAAUUGGCUAAAGAAAAGGAUAAAGAGGGAAGUGAUAAAUAAGGGAGAUUCCAAAUUUCAGUACAUACAGUUUUUGUCAGUAAACAAAAAUUCUUGGAUCAAAGAUGAAAAUAUUAGUAGUAUUACUCUGUUUGAUGGCUACUUUGUUCAUCGAUGGAACAGUAAUUGCAGCAGGUGAAUAUGUUCGUCCUCCGCCUCGUAAAACCUUUCAUCUGCUAUGGAAUUCUAGGCCUUCCUCACAACCUCAGCAGGUUCACAUCUCCUUAGCUGGGGACAAACACAUUCGGGUCACAUGGGUCACCACUGAUGCAUCUUGUCCUUCUAUUGUUGAAUAUGGAACAUCGCCUGGAAAAUACAGUGCUACAGCUAAAGGAGAAAGUACCAAGUAUAGUUAUCUAUUAUAUAGUUCGGGGAAGAUACAUCACACUGUCAUUGGACCAUUGCAAGAAAAUACCACGUACUUCUAUAGAUGUGGAGGAGAAGGUCCUGAGUUCCAGCUGAAAACUCCACCCUCUAAAUUUCCAGUUACUUUUGCUGUGGCCGGUGAUUUAGGCCAAACUGGAUGGACUAAGUCAACUUUGGACCACAUUGACCAAUGCAAAUAUGAUGUUCAUUUGCUCCCUGGUGAUCUUUCUUAUGCUGAUUAUUUACAAUAUAGGUGGGACACAUUUGGUCAACUCGUUCAGCCGCUCGCUAGUGCUAGGCCAUGGAUGGUGACAGAAGGGAAUCACGAAAAAGAAAGCAUAAUAUUUCUAGAAGAUGGGUUUGUCUCGUAUAACUCAAGGUGGAAGAUGCCAUUUGCGGAAAGUGGAUCCACUUCAAAUCUCUACUAUUCGUUUGAUGUUGCUGGGGUUCAUAUCAUUAUGCUCGGUUCAUAUACUGCUUAUGAUGAAUACUCUGAUCAGUAUAGCUGGCUGAAGGUUGAUCUUCUAAAGGUGAAUCGUAAAAGAACACCGUGGUUAGUUGUGUUAUUCCAUGUGCCAUGGUAUAAUAGUAAUAAAGCCCAUCAAUGUGAAGGUGAUGACAUGAUGGCAGCUAUGGAGCCUUUGCUGUAUGCUGCUGGCGCAGAUAUAGUAAUCACUGGGCAUGUUCAUGCUUAUGAGCGCACGAAACGAGUUUACAAUGGUAAACCUGAUCCGUGUGGCGCUGUCCACAUAACAAUUGGCGAUGGAGGAAACAGAGAAGGUUUAGCACGCAAGUACAAACAACCCCCGCCAGAAUGGUCAGUCUUCCGAGAAGCGAGCUUUGGUCAUGGUGAACUUAAGAUGGUUAAUUCAACUCAUGCGUUUUGGAGUUGGCAUAGGAACGACGAUGAUGAACCAGUGAGGUCUGAUCAGGUUUGGAUAACCUCAUUGAUCAGUUCAGGGUGCAAUACUGGAGAUAGCCAUGAACUGAGAAAGAUUCUUAUGGCCUCUUAGUCCUGCAUUCAACUGUAUUCUAUAGGCAUGUAGAUACAUACAGGGGCGAAGCUACACUCUUUUAAAGGUGUCGGAAAAUUACAUUGUAUAUAUAGGCAUAAUAUUAGGUUUUACAUGUAUAUAAUAUAGAUUGAACACCUUUUGUCGAUUUUUUUUAACUUCUUUCAAGUUUGAACACUAUUGGAGAAAUUCCUGGAUUCACUACUGGAGACAUAGUCAGAUAAUUGAUUGUACUAAUGUUGUAUCGGGCAACCACAUAAGAAACUGCGGAAAAUUUUA